AUGGAAGCAAUGAUGAGUGUUGACUUUCAAAACUGUUUCAUCAUGAUUCUCCUUUGCAUCUUCUCGCUCCUCUGUUAUUCUUUCUUCUUCAAGAAAUCAAAGAUCUCACGACGAGGCCAUGAUCUGCCUCCCAGCCCUCCUUGUCUUCCGAUCGUCGGUCAUCUUCACCUUCUCCUCUCAACUCUAACCCACAAGUCUCUCCAGAAGAUCUCCUCCAAGUAUGGACCACUCCUCCAUCUCCGCUUCUUAAAUGUCAACAUCAUUCUCGUCUCCUCUGCCUCUAUGGCGUACAAGAUCUUCAAGGACCACGACCUGAACAUCUCCAAUCGCGGAGUUUCUGCAACCGGAGAGUCUCUCGUUUCCGGAUCUUCCGGCUUCCUCUGCGCUCCUUACGGGGAUUACCUCAAGUUCAUGAAGAAGCUCGCUGUCACAAAGCUUCUUCGACCGCAAGCACUUGAGCAGGCACAAGGCGUCCGUGCAGUGGAGCUAGAGAGGUUCUACGAAAACCUGCUCGAGAAAGCGAAGAAGAAGGAGAGCGUUGAGAUCGGUGUGGAAGUGAUGAAGCUCACUAACAACAUGAUUUUCAGAUUGAGCAUGGGGAGGAGGUAUUCAGAAGAGAGCGGUAACGCAGAGAGAUUCAUGGAGUUGACUAGGAAGACUUUUAACUUAACAAAGAAGAUUUUCUAUGCAAACAUGUUGAGUGGCACGCUUGGGAAGCUUGGAAUCUCACUGUUUAGGAAGGAGAUCAUGGGAGUUUCGCGAGAAUACGACCAUUUGCUGGAAAGGAUUCUUGUGGAACAUGAAGAGACACCAGAGGAGGAGGAUCAAGAUAAGGACAUGAUGGAUUUUUUGUUGGAAGUAUGUCGAGACGAAAAGGCAGAGUAUAAGAUCACUAGGAACCAUAUCAAGUCUUUUUUAGUGGAGGUUUCCAAUGGAGGCACAGACCCAUCGACGCGAGCGACAGAGUGGACAAUGGCAGAGAUCCUUAACAACCACAAGAUCUUGGAGAAGAUGAGGCAAGAGAUUGAUACUGUUGUAGGGAAUGCAAGGCUGAUCCAAGAAUCGGAUCUACCAAACCUCCCUUACUUGCAAGCGGUUGUUAAGGAAGGGCUAAGAAUGUACCCGCCAAUUCCUCUCGUGUUUAGGGAAUUCCAAGAAAGCUGUGAGAUCAAAAGUUUCUACGUGCCAGAGGAGACAGUACUUGUUGUUAAUGCAUAUGGCGUGAUGAGAGACCCUGAUUCUUGGGAAGAUCCGGACGAGUUUAAGCCAGAGAGGUUUCUUGAUUAUUCUUCAAGAUCAGGACAAGAAGAGCAAAUGAGAGAGCAAGGCAUGAAGUACCUUCCUUUUGGAGCCGGGAGGAGAGGUUGUGUUGGAUCAAAUCUAGCUUAUAUUCUUCAAGGAACUGCGAUUGGAACGAUGGUUCAGUGCUUUGACUGGAGAGUCAAAGGAGAUAAGAUCAACAUGGAAGAGACUCUUGAAGGAUUGAUCUUGACUAUGGCUACUCCCCUUAAGUGCACUCCUGUCCCUCGACUCGGGCCAUUUUAG